GUAAUAAAAUAUAUCCAAUCAGUCCAAACACAGGGUAGGUGAAACUAGAAUUCCUCCCUUUAGAGAAGUCUUCAUCUCUAAAACUUCAACUCAACAAAAGCUUUCUUGAAAUAUUUUCCACCACAUUUCUGGGGCCAAAAUAAAAACUGAUGAAGAAACAGAGCCCUGCAACAUACACACAAGUUUAAUGAGGGGAAAACAAAGAGAUAAACCAGCACAAAUGACACAUCUCCAGCCACCAGCUCUAAACACCAACAAGGAAGAGAAGCUUCUGGAGCCUCCUGUCAGGACAACACACGCCAGGGAGGGAUUUAAAAGCCCCACAGCCCUGAGCAGCUCACUCACUCGUUCAUUCACUCCCACACUCACUCACACCUCCCCCAGCUCACCUCCUCCCACCCCAGCAUGGCCGCGUCCACCAUGUCCGUCUGCUCCAGCGCUUACUCCGACUCCUGGCAGGUGGACGACUGCCCAGAGAGCUGCUGUGAGCCUCCCUGCUGUGCCCCCAGCUGCUGCACCCCGGCCUCCUGCCUGACCCUGGUCUGCACCCCAGUGAGCUGUGUGUCCAGGCCCUGCUGCCAGGUGGCCUGUGAGUCCAGCCCCUGCCAAUCAGGCUGCACCAGCUCCUGCAUACCCUCGUGCUGCCAGCAGUCCAGCUGUCAGCCGGCUUGCUGCACCUCCUCCCCCUGCCAGCAGGCCUGCUGUGUGCCCGUCUGCUGCAAGCCUGUCUGCUGCAAGUCCGUCUGCUGUGUGCCCACCUGCUCUGGGGAUUCCUCUUCAUGCUGCCAGCAGUCUAGCUGCCAGCCGGCUUGCUGCACCUCCUCCCCGUGCCAGCAGUCCUGCUGUGUGCCCGUCUGCUGCAAGCCUUCCGUCUGCUGUGUGCCUAUCUGCUCUGGGGGUUCCAUUUCAUGCUGCCAGCAGUCUAGCUGCCAGCCGGCUUGCUGCACCUCUUCCCCGUGCCAGCAGUCCUGCUGUGUGCCCGUCUGCUGCAAGCCUGUCUGCUGCAAACCUGUCUCCUGUCUGCCCAUCUGCUCUGGGGCUUCCACUUCAUGCUGCCAGCAGUCUAGCUGCCAACCGGCUUGCUGCACCACCUCCUGCUGCAGACCCUCCUCCUCCAUGUCCCUCCUCUGCAGCCCCAUGUGCAGGUCCACCUGCUGCGUGCCCAUCUCCUCCUACUGUGCCCCUGCCUCCUCCUGCCAGCCCCGCUGCUGUCGCCCGGCCUCCUGUGUGUCCCUCCUCUGCCGCCCCGUGUGCUCCCGCCCGGCCUGCUGAGGGCUUGGCUCAGGCCAGGAGUCCAGUUGCUGAUGGGCACAUCCCCAGGACCAACUGGUCCUGACUCGGGUUAGAGGUUGCCCCCACCUGGGACGGGGCCCCUAUAUGCUGAGGUGACCUCCCCCUUGCUCCCAGGAGCCCCCAUCCACGCAGCUUCCCAGCUCUUGCCUCCUAGCAGGUGCUCACCUGCCUGCUGGGUCCCCUGUCCUCCCUCCCAGCUUUUCUGCCUCGGGUCACUCGACCUUGACUUGAACCUGUCAGCACCUCUUCCUGCUCCCAAAUAAACUCCCCUUGGUCACCUGAUUCUCUUUUCCUGUUGUGCUCCUGGGGACACAUGGUUUUGAGCUGACAUUGGUCUCCUCCAGACAUGACUGUUUCUAGGAAUGAGUGAC